UUAUUGAAUCAUUUGCCCAAAGAUACCAGGCAGCAUUGUUGAUCUCCUUGCCACCAUUUUCGUCUUGUUCAUUGCACGUUCUCGACCGUUUCGUUCCCGUUCUGUUGCGAUAGUCGUCUUCCAGGUUGCUCUGAAUUUUCUGUAUCAUUCAGCCAGAGAUCAAGUCACAUCGCGAUCCCAUUUCGCCCGUAGCACCAAGCUCGAGGAUCACCCGUCGCAAAGACCAUGUCCGAUGUAUUCCGUAAAGUAGGGAGAGGAGGCUCAGGGAACUUCUUUUCAAAGAAGGACGUGGACGAUGCUGAAAAGGCCAAUACAGAGUCGACCGAUGUCGCCGCUUCCUCGACAUCACCGACCUCGACCGGCUACGUGCGCGCGGGACGAGGAGGCUCGGGCAACUACGUAGAUCCAACCUCCCUGCCCGGCACCAAGCAGCAAGAGGAGCUCGCGAGCAAGACACAGGCGGCCGUGAAUGCCAGCAUUGCGCGGUCCGCGGCAAGGGGCGCUUCCGGCCGCGGCGGCGCCGGCAAUUAUACGGGGGGUGUCGUGCCUGGCGCCGAGGCGACCGAGGAGGAGGAGGUGAAGCGCAAGGAGGCGCUCGAGAAGAAGAUUAUUGAGGAUGUCGAGGCCGGUCUGCCCAUGCCGCCCAAGGCUUUUCACCAUACUACCAAGAAGGAGGAAGAGGGUGCUUGAAGAGCAUGACACUCCCGGAUGGCGUGUACGUUGCCGGUGAUGAGAUUGCGCGAUACCUGGAGUUAGGGUGGUUUCGUUUGUACAACAUUUGAAAG